AUGUCACAUGUUUCACGGCCCAGUACAGCAGAUUCUUCUGAAUCUGAUAGCGAAUUGGAUGGUCAGAAUGCUGCUGGUGCAGAUCAUAUCUUUAUCCCGGGUCCUGGUGCAUCUAAAGGAGAACUCCUGGAGACGUUCAAAAUGUUGCAAGUUCAAAUGCAAAAGCUUCAAGAAGAGAAUAGGACAAUCAAAGAGGAAAACAAAACUCUGCAUGCAGAGAAACCCAAGCAAAAAUGGCGCACAGAUGCUCAUGACAAGCUCAGCGUUCAUGAGGACAUCAUCUCUAUCUAUGCUCACAAGUAUGGCAUGAUGAUUGAGAUGUUUCCCAGCAGCGACCUCCUCAAUAAGCGCCUUCCAGACUCACCAACUCCAUUUGACAGCACUGAACAAUAUACGACUGCGUCUACUCAAGAGUCAGCAUUUCUGGAUGAGCUCUAUCGUCACUUCCCUGAGUCGUUACACAAAGUGAUGGAAAGUUCAUACUUUAGCGAUCUUGUGAUGAAAUCCAUCCCAGAUGCUCAUGCUAAUGAGAUCAAGAAACUUUGGGGUGUUGCUGGCGACAUUUUCGACCUCCCUUCAAAAUACUUCACCAACACUAGCUACGAUAGAGCUAAUGUCCCUGAGAUCCAACAACUCCUUGGGGUCACAUCUUCAACAAACCUGACUGUCUUCGGAAACUGGCAACUGUUGGCACGAAUUCUGAAAGCUUCAUUGUGUGGUAUCACAUCCCUCCAUCACACUUCCAGUGGCGGCGGCGCACAUACCAACUCCAUGAAAUGGAGCGUUCGGCAAGUCACGCCAGGUUCCAUAGCUUGGGCUGCAGUUCUUGCAAUAUUCUUACUGUCUCCUGACACUGAAUUUUUGAGCACAGGCAUUGGCAAGAGGUCAACGAUUAGCUACAAGGAUUUAUUUUUCACCUACAAGAAAGUUCUAGUGACCAAGUGGAAGAUGAAGCGCAUUGUACAGAUUGUAAGUAAUAUCAACAACUACAUCUUCAAAGCUGCACGACCUUCGGCAUUGGAUUCUGCUGUACAUGAAGAUUUCACGGAUGUGAUUGAUCGCGCACUUGCAGCACUUGACAUGGAAAGUUCGGAUGAUGGAUCAGAAACUGCGGCAGACAUAACAGGUCCAGGAACUCCCACAGCUGCUGCUGCCUUGGAGAGACAUGUCAAUGAGUCAAUCUCACAGCCUAGCCUCUCCACACAGUGGCAGCACACCACAGAAACUCUGCCUGGCCCCACUGUCAACAAUGUAGCCACCAACGACGGCACUGCUGCAGAUUUGGAGGAUGCUGCAACACCUCAUGUUGUGGGAGCUGCAGCCAUCAGUUCAUCAGGCGAGGUACUCCAGGAGGCAGCAAAUGAUCCGAGCAGUACUAGAGGGAGGUCCAAGAAGUCGAAAAAUAGAGGGAGGAAGGCAGCCACACCAGUGAUGGCUUCUGAUCGUACUACUCAGCAGACUCACAAAUAG